CAGACAGAUUGUCUGCAACACGACUCGCCUCGCAGAAAGAAGCAUAACUGGUCGCUAGCUUUUGGACAAUUGCCAUAGGGCUUCUUCAUAAGAUGGCUUCAGAAACACCUAAAGGAGUCUCUUCGAGGCUCCUAACGAUGAAGUUUAUGCAACGAGCUGUUGCGUCGGCUUCGUCUUCGUCGCCACAAUCAGACGACAGCUCCCAGAACUCCAAAAAACGAAAGCUUAGACAUUCAGCGGCCACAGCUGCAGAAGAACGAGUUAGCGCGUUGAUAGAUCAGGCAUCAAUCAAAGCAGCUCUCGAAGACCAGGAGGCAAAACGACAGGCAGCGCUGGCCCAACACACUGCGACCGGCGCGCAUUGGGUUUUGAACACAAAGCUGGAUAAAUUGAAUGCUUGCAGACCUUCAGAACCCGCCCUAAACGUCAUUUAUGUCGGUUACGGAGAUAUCGAUUCAUCUGACGAGUCUGGUGGCGAAGACGCUCCUCAGAUUGGACGGACCUCGACACGGAAACCCAAGGUAGAAGAGAAUCAGAAACCUAGCUCUGGCAAAGACGAUCGGCCAGAUGAGGAAUCAUCUAGCGACGAUGACGACGAUGACGAUUCAGCCCCGAAGCGCAAGAGUAGACGUUUAGAUACUGGAGACAGCUCAAGUCGUUCCCAGUCGCGGUCAAGACCUCGUUUCAGCGAUGAAUCUAAAAAGGCUAAAGACUUCCGUGAGAAGCGAAAGAAGAAGGAGGUUCGAUUGAACAACAUCUCUUCUAUAUCUGCUGGCGGCGGCGGCAGCCAAGCUCCAAUCAACUGCUAUGUCUGCAAACAGCCUGGGCACAAAGCAGCCAAUUGUCCCAAGGGGGCUUCCAGGAGGUGAUGAACAAACCUGCCCUUUUGGCCCCAUAUUGGUGAGAACGACUGUGUUCCCAUUUAUUGCUUAUACGCAUUCUGUCCCCAUAGGGAUACGUAAUUUUCAUGAAUGCAGAGGCCAGCCUCUCAGAUUUAUACCCGAACAGCUCAUAGACAAAUGCUUGCUUCAGAUUAGCUUGCACGUUUUCAUUUAUCUCUUCAUAUUAGAAGCUCUGGUCUGUCGAACAGACACAACGCCGCCAUAUGGAUGCGGCAAACAAACAAUAUACAAAUUUAGCUAUGGGUAGCUUCCCGCCCAUGCAGCAUACAUCAUAUUGCU